UCUAGAAUUUUUUCCUGAUUUAGAUAUCGAAAUGUUUUACGAACAAAAGAUAUACUAGCCUAAAGUCAUGAAAGUUUAUUAUGUUCUGCGAACACUAAUGGUACAGUCGUUUAAAUUUUCCAUUCAUGUGGCACAGAAUUGCACACACGUUAAAGCGCAAAUACGUAAAUGUCAGUCAUAAGGCUAAGUAGAUCGGUGUAGGUAUGUGACCGGGUGCAAUCAAACAAUUUGAAACAAGGAGACGAAAAUUUACAGCAACAGCAGUUAGAAUUCGAAAUUACUAUUAGUACAUGUACUUACAAUGGAGGGUCACCAGGUAAGAGCCCUAUAUGAUUUCACAGGGGAACCAGGAACAGCAGAGUUGUCUAUCACAGCAGGAGAAGUGUUAACUGUUAUGAGAGAUAAUGUAGGUGAUGGAUGGUGUGAAGGCUUUAAUCAGAAUGGAAAGUCUGGAUUAUUUCCAGCAGCAUAUGUUCAAAUUGUUGAAACUACAGCCUCUGCACCAAAUGCUAUGACAUCAUCUCAACAAAGUUCAGGAGAUUAUUGGGAUGAUGAUUGGGAUGAUGAUUCUGAAGUUGGUCAAACACAAGCAUAUGUUCCUCAACAACAGCAACAACAAAAUAUGAUACAAUUGCCACAACAUCAUAGUGUUGAUUAUGCAGAUUCAGUAUCUAUACAAGCUAUUCAUUCUGUGAUACCUGAAAGACCUAUACCUAGUAUACCAAAGAAAAACAAUAAAUUUUCUACAUUAAUAAAGUCUGGAGAAGAUAGUUUUUUAUUAGGGAUGAGAGUAGCAAAUGUUCCUGAAAGUGAAAAAAUAUACAUUGAGGAAAUUGAAGGUGGACGUUGUAAAUGGGUCCCAAGAGGAGAAUCUUAUAACUGUGUAGUUACAUCUCCCAAAAAAGAAUCUAAAUUGAAGGGUCUUAAAAGUUUUAUAGUUUAUCAACUUACACCAACGUUUAACAAUAUUCAAGUUUCAAGAAGAUAUAAACACUUUGAUUGGCUACAUGAACGUUUAGAAGAAAAAUAUUGUUUCAUUCCUAUUCCUCCAUUGCCAGAUAAACAAAUAUCAGGAAGAUAUGAAGAACAAUUUAUUGAGCAUCGACGCACACAACUGCAAGAAUUCGUUGAUUAUGUUUGUAGACAUCCUGUGCUAGCGCGUAGCCGAGUCUGGGAACAUUUUAUAACUUGUACAGAUGAGAAAAGAUGGAAGGCUGGCAAGAGACAGGCCGAGAAAGACGAAUUAUUAGGUGUAAAUUAUUUUAACGCUAUUCAUUGUCCUGAAACAACUUUGGAUGCUAUAAAAGUAGAAAUUCAAACAGAUACUUUUAGUAGAUUUAUAAGCGGAUUAGAUCCGGUAGUUAAAAAUUUUAUGGCUAUGGCUGUUGACCAAACAAAAAAAAGUCAAGUUCUCUAUAAAAGGGAGUUUCAAAAAAUUAGUCAGAGUUUUAGUACAUUAAGCCAUGCGUUAGAAGGCGACGAAAGUAGUCGAGGAAAAUUAACUUAUGCAUUAAAGGUGACGGGAGAUGCUUAUAAUGAUAUAGGCAAAUUAUACGAAGAGCAGCCUAAGUUUGACUGGGAACCUCUUGCUGAUAAAUUUCAUAUUUAUAGAGGAAUUAUUAGUAGUUUCCCAGAUGUAAUUAGUAUACACAAGACUGCUGUACAAAAACGAAAAGAUUACGAAAGACUAGUAAAUGAACAUAAAAUGGAACCACAGCAAUUACGAGAUCUGUCUCAUCGAACGGAUGUAAUAGCACGUGCUCUUCUCGCCGAAGAAAUGCAUCUUCAAACGGAACAAGAGAUUCAUUUGACUCGAGCAAUGAAAUCGCAUCUCAUAGAGCAAAUUACGUUUUAUCAAAAAAUUGUAGAUAAAUUACGGGAAGCGUUAAUUACAUACGAAAUCUAA